AUGGCGGGAAUAGGUUCGAUUGUGCGUAACUAUCGCUUCGUGAUUGCGUCGCUGACGGCAAUUAUGCUGAUACUGUUGCUGAGAACUUCCUCUGGAUCUACAAGAGAGGCUGUCACUUUGCCAAGUGAUUCUGAAACCUUAAACGCGCUUCCCAUACAGCCAACGCCGGGGUACAUCGACGAUCCAAAUGCCAAACAGAAAAAUCCAGAGGUCGCAGAGGCCGUCAAGGAUAGUCUGAAAUCGUCGCCGGGGAGCGAAUACUCCACAUCUUCUCCAUGCAAUAAGGACCACCAGUAUGUUGUCAUGAUUGAUGCAGGCUCGACUGGCUCCCGUGUGCACGUCUACGAGUUCGAUGUGUGUACCCAGCCACCGACUUUGAUCCAUGAAACAUUCAAGAUGACCAAGCCAGGGCUUUCUUCCUUCGACAAUGACGAUGUUGGUGCUGCCCACUCGUUAGAUGAGCUUCUAGACGAGGCUGUAAAGGCUAUUCCUAAAGAUAGACAAUCUUGUUCACCUGUAGCUGUUAAGGCCACUGCUGGUUUAAGAAAGCUGGGGGACUUGAAGUCCGAGAAAAUUUUAAAAGCUGUCAAGAAGCAUUUGGAAGAUGACUACCCUUUCCCUGUGGUUGAAAAAGAUGGUGUCGUGGUGAUGAGCGGUGAAGAAGAAGGUGUGUAUGCAUGGAUCACUGCCAACUUUUUACUAGGCAAUAUUGGUGCUGGAGGUAAGUUGCCCACGGCUGCCACUUUCGAUCUAGGUGGUGGCUCUACCCAAAUUGUUUUUGAGCCAACGUUCCCUCCUAACGAAGUGAUGCUUGAAGGCGAACACAAAUAUUCUUUGAGCUUUGCUGAUCAAGACUACACUUUGUAUCAAUUCUCCCACCUCGGAUAUGGGUUGAUGGAAGGGAGAAACAAAGUGAAUGCGUUACUCGUCGAAACUGCUAUCAAAGAGGGUCGUAUGGAGAAAACCGACAAGACCUCAAAACUAACGUCACCCUGUCUGCCUCCAGGAUCGGUAGCCCCCAAUGUUAAAGUCGCGCUAGAAAGUGGCGACGAAUACCAGGUAACAUUCAGCGGGCCGACCACUGCUGCAGGUGCUCAAUGUCGUUCGCUCGCAGAUAAAAUACUGAAGAAAGACGCUGCAUGCUCCUCGCCGCCUUGCUCGUUCAACGGAAUUCACCAGCCAUCGCUGGUCCGCACUUUCAAAGAAACGAAUGACCUAUACGUUUUCUCUUACUUCUACGACAAAACCCAGCCCCUAGGGCUCCCACUUUCCUUCACACUUCAAGAGCUUGCUGACGUAGCUCGCAUGGUUUGUAACGGUGAAGAAGUUUGGGAAAGCGUUUUCAGCGGUAUCGAGGGAUCCGUUGCUGAAUUGAAGAAGGAGCCACUAUGGUGUCUGGACUUGACAUUCCAAGUAUCUCUAUUACACACCGGCUACGAUAUCCCACUCCACCGUGAGCUAAGAACUGCUGAGAAAAUUGCUGACAGCGAACUUGGCUGGUGUCUGGGCGCUUCCCUUCCUCUGCUGAGCGGUAAGGACUGGAAAUGCAAUGUUUCCGAAAUUUAA